UGUUCCCUGCACACAAGAAUGAAUUGAUUUAGCUACCAAACCAUCCUCCGGGGAAGAAGCGUUGGUUUGACAUUAAGUUUCACCUUGGCCAUUCUACAUCUGGCUGAUUCAUCUUUUGGUUGGGUUGUACAGGUCAAAGAGAUUGAUUGGCCGCCGCUUGGAAAUUCAACUUGGUCUCUUUCCCUCUCCCCUCGCUCUCUUUCUCUCUCUCUCUCUCCCCAGCGCCUCCUUUUUCUUUGAUAUUCUUUUGAUAUACGCAAAAAGGCUCUUCAGUUAGCCGCGCUUCCUUUUGAUCUUCACCAUUUAUAUAAACCCUUCUGCCAUUCUCUCCCGUCAUGGCUUGGCAAGCACAAGGCGAGCAUGACGGAGUUCGCGCUCAAUUGCACGACUAUAUAUACGAUUACCUCGUCAAGAUGAAUUUCAAAGACACAGCUUUUGCUUUUGCAGACGAGUCAAAAAUAAAUACCACCAAUACGGUCACAAAUGACUCCAAGAAAAAUGGGGAUAGCCUAUCAGCAGCCUUAGAUAGCAUGGAUAAUAGUGCUCGUGUGGAUCAUCCACAUAAAAGCCCACAUUCAAGCAAAAAGCGUACACCCGCCAACCUACCCAAUGUCAAGGUACCUUUCGACGCACCAGGAGGCUUCUUGUACGAAUGGUGGGUGAUUUUUUGGGAAGUCUUUGCCGCUAAAAACAACAGGAGUACAAACAGGGAUGCUAUUGCAUACGUUGAAGCUCAACAGCGUUUGAAAAGACAGCAGAUGUUGGGUAUGCUUCAGCAGCAACAACUCUUGAGAUUACAACAACACGCCGCUCAACAAGUGUAUCAAGCGCAGGACCAAUCCAAUAUGCAACAAAUGGUACGUCCGACUGCUUCUCCCGUAGUCACUCAGCAGCAACAACAGAUGGCACGUGGCGCCCCACCGCUCGAGAACAUGGACCUUCAGCCCGACAACGCGAAUAAUCUUGGUGGCACUCGUGCAAAUCAACGUAGACCCAAUGCUGGACAAGAAUCGGCUGCCACCCCUAAACUUUCCAAACGUUCUCAGGAAGACCCCGGUCAAUUGAGCUCUCCAUCUCCGACAGCUUCGCCCAAUAAACGUCAGAAGCCAUCACCGCAGGACGGUAUGCAAGCUGCACCUGCGAACCCGGCAGAUGAAUUACAGCAAUCACAGCCAUCAGCGGCUCUCUCAGCAGCAGCAGCAGCCGCUCAACAAGCUAUGCUCAACAGAAGACGAGCUUCAUUACAAGGUAUGCAGAUGGCCAAUAAGCCACCAACUGGUCAAACACCAAGGAUGCCACCCAUGACUUUGCAACAGCAAAUGAUACAGCAUCAAUAUCAAUUAGGGAUACGGUCAAUACAAAAUUCAAAUUUCAGUGAAGCUCAAAAACAAACAGCCAUCAUGCAAUACAAGGAAAAGCUGGCCAAUCAGCAAAAAAUGGCCAUGGCAGACGCGGCUGUUACCCAAAGCUCAAGCAUGGUGUCACCAAAAAGUCAACCAAUGACCGCCAAUAUGUUACCACCAACGAUACAGCAUGUUCCAGUAGGCAAUAACCCACUUGCAUCUGUCCCCGGAGGACAGCAGCAGCAGCAGCAGCAGAACAUGCCCCAAAACGCACUGCAGUACCAACAAAUGAUGAUAGAACAACAAAAGCGCGGACAAGCUAAUAUGAUGAUGGGCCGUAUGCCACCACAAGCCAUGCAACCUGGUAUGAUGGGCAUGUCACCGCGAAUGCAACAGCAACCUGGGCCUAGAAGUCCAGCAGCUCCGACUCCUUCUGUUGCCGGAGGACCGAACGGUGGUCGAAAUACACCUCAUAUGAGCAGCCAGGUGCUGCCAUCACCGUCAAUCGUUGCGUCUAAUAAUGCACAAGGAGGGAACGGUAUGCAAGGCACUCAACUUGUCAAUACCAGUGGGAAUUCAGAUAUGAAUAACGUGGCUGAUCAAAUCAAAGCGUCUCAAAUGGACCUGGAAAAGCGAAUCGCCAUGACCCAUGCUACCAUGAAUGCUGGCCCAAGCACAUGCUCAAGCACAAGCCCAAGUAGCCGCCGCUAUGGCUUUGCGAAACAAUCGACCCCCACCCGUCAAUGGUAUGCAACCUAAUAUGGUGCCUGGGAUGAUGGGAGCUGGUACACCUACACCAUCAGCCGAUACGCCAAAGCCCAAGGCAUCACCGGCCACCAAGACCAAAGCAAACCAGGCCAAGGCAUCAGCGAGCACGCCUUCAUCGACGCCUGUGCCAGGUCAUAUCGUAUCUCCCGAACAAACGACUGUUUCCAAACCACCGGAUGCUACCACCCCAGCUCAGAUAGCCGCCUCAGCCGCUCAAAAUGCAGCGGCUAUUAAUGCUGGUAUGUCGAGCCAAGAUGGUAAAAC